CCAGCUGCCACCAAACCCUGCUCCAGAGACGUCCCUGCCGCCAAAUAGGCGGCAGGGACAGUGGCAAUCCUCCCCAUAUUCGGACCUAGGGGACAUCCAUUACUCCAGAGCCCUGACCCUCCUUGCUUCCCAGACGGCUGGAGUCAUUCCCUGGGGAAGCUGUUCCGGGCCGAUCAGCCGCCGCACGGGCAUCUCCGCGGCCAGAACGGCUGGGCACCGGGCAUCUGCGAAGCCAGCCCUGCGGGACACUGGGCAUCACGCAACGACUGUCUCCGGCCUCCGCCCAGCUUGUCGCGAGUCCUGGGCGGUGGGCUUCUGAGAGCCUUUGGCCGACCCAGGACGAGGGUGAGCUCCCCUCGCUCCCAGUCCUUUGCGCCGCCGCGAUGCUGCCCUGGAGACGGAACAAAUUCGUGCUGGUGGAGGACGAGGCCAAGCGCAAGGCGAAGAGCCUAAGCCCCGGGCUCGCCUACACGUCGCUGCUCUCCAGCUUCCUGCGCUCUUGCCCAGACCUGCUACCGGACUGGCCCCUGGAGCGUCUGGGCCGCGUAUUCCGCAGCCGGCGCCAGAAAGUGGAGCUUAACAAGGAGGACCCCACCUACACUGUGUGGUACCUGGGCAAUGCCGUCACCCUGCACGCCAAGGGCGACGGCUGCACCGACGACGCUGUGGGCAGGAUCUGGGCUCGCUGCGGGCCGGGAGGGGGCACGAAGAUGAAAUUGACGCUGGGCCCGCACGGCAUCCGCAUGCAGCCGAGCGAGCGCGGCGCGGGGGGAUCGGGAGGUCGCAGGCCGACGCAUGCCUACCUGCUGCCGCGCAUCACCUACUGCGCGGCGGACGGGCGCCACCCGCGCGUCUUCGCCUGGGUCUAUCGCCACCAGGCGCGCCACAAGGCCGUGGUGCUGCGCUGCCACGCCGUGCUGCUGGCGCGAGCUCACAAGGCGCGCUCCCUGGCCCGCCUGCUUCGCCAGACUGCGCUGGCGGCCUUCAGCGACUUCAAGCGGUUGCAGCGGCAGAGCGACGCGCGCCACGUGCGCCAGCAGCAUCUCCGCGCGGGGGGCGCCGCCGCCUCGGUACCCCGCGCCCCAUUGCGCCGCCUGCUCAAUGCCAAGUGCGCCUACCGGCCACCGCCGGGCGAGCGCGGCCGCGGAGCUCCGCGUCUCAGCAGCAUCCAGGAGGAGGAUGAGGAGGAGGAUGCGGAGGAGGAGGACUCCCGGGACAGCGAGGGAGGAACCCUGCAGCGCGAGCGGCCCGAGGUGCUCAGCCUGGCCCGGGAGCUGAGGACGUGCAGCCUGCGGGGUGCCUCGGCGCCUCCGCCACCGGCGCAGCCCCGCCGGUGUAAGGCCGGCUCCAGGGAGCGGGCGGGCCAGGCGCGCUGAGAGCACAGGGCUAGGACUUGGGCCCUAGACCCGGCCCAGCAGACUAACCAGGACUCUAACCCGGCCCUGCCCGCUUCCGCGCCCCCUGGUCCCUGGCCUGCCUCCCUCGCGAUCUCCAUAGUGGUCGCCUUGCUCCUCAUCCUAGCUCAGGGUGAAGCCGGAUAUGCCCUUGAUUUUUAGGGGUGGAGGGGAGUCCACAUCUCCCCACACUAGGAGUUUCCCUGGUCCUCCACUGUGGAAUUGUCCCCGCGCUUAUGCCAGGUCUCUGUCCACAGAUCAACUUGCUCUCUUCCAAAACAGCCUCUCAGGAGAACGGGGAAAUAUGUUUGCAGAAACCCUGGAGGGUGGGUUUGAACCCAGGACCCCGUCUAGGGUAGGAGUAAUGGCCCUGCCCUUGGUCUCUUAUUCCCUGUGAUGCGAACCACCCUGGAGAGAUUUCAGGUAAGGAAGAGAAGGGAGUGAGUGGGUGGGGAGAACUGAGAGCCCCACCCAGGACACCCACCUGGGGCCAUACACACAGGGAGGAAGUCUUGGUCCUACACUUUCCCCUAUGGAAAGCUCCUGAUACUUCACUGCUCUGCCUGUGAGAGGGACUAGGAUGGUCCUGUCUACGUGCAAAGGACAGAGUGGGGCCGUCUAACAGCCCUGCACUAGGCAGCUAUCCAAGCCUCUGCCUUGGCAUUCCUACAGGGCUCCACUCAUCCCCUCACUGCAAACAGAUAACUGGUCUACCCUGAAUCCUGGACCACGAUGAAACCUCCAAAGGAGGUAAGGACACAUGCCCCCAAACAAGCCAAGGCUUUCAGGGCGAGCAGGUCCUGACCACAGCUGUACUAUGCAGGAUGAGGGAGAAAGGAAACAACAAAGAGGGAAAGAGAGUCCCUGCCCAGGUCUCUCCAUAAGGCAAUCAAAACCCAAAGAUCUAUGCCAUCUACUGAUCGUUGUAAAUAAAGUAAA